AUGGAGAAAUAUGAUGUAAUUAAAAUGAUUGGGGAAGGAGCCUUUGGGAAGGCGUUCUUGGCCAAAGCAAAGGCAGACAACCAGCAGUGUGUUAUAAAGGAAAUCAAUUUAACAAAGAUGCCUCAAAGAGAGAAAGAAGCUUCAAAGAAAGAAGUCAUUCUUUUGGCAAAGAUGAAGCAUCCAAAUAUUAUUUUAUUAUUUUCCAGUUACAAGGAGAUGAAUAAAUUAUACAUUGUGAUGGAAUAUUAUGAUGGAGGAGAUCUUAUGAAGAGAAUCAAUAGGCAACAUGGAGUGCUCUUUGAUGAGGAUCAGAUUCUGGGUUGGUUUGUACAGAUCUCUCUGGGAUUGAAACAUAUUCACGAUAGGAAGAUCUUACACAGAGACAUAAAAACACAGAACAUUUUUCUUAGCAAUAAUGAUAUGGUUGCAAAGCUUGGGGAUUUUGGCAUAGCAAGAGUAUUGAACAAUACAAUGGAACUUGCUCGGACUUGUGUUGGGACACCUUACUAUCUGUCUCCAGAGAUCUGUCAGAAUAAGCCCUACAACAACAAAACGUGAGAUAUUUGGUCUCUUGGCUGUGUCUUAUAUGAGCUGUGCACAUUAAGGCAUCCUUUUGAAGGUACCAAUUUACACCAGCUGGUGCUCAAGAUUUGUCAAGCACGUUUUGACCCCAUCUCUCCAAAGUUUUCUUCUGACCUUCAGACUCUACUAACUCAGCUUUUUAAAAUACCUCCUCGAAAUCGCCCAUCAAUUAAUUCCAUCCUGAAAAAGCCUUUCUUGGAGAAGCUCAUUGCCAAAUAUUUGACUCCUGCGGUAAUGCAGGAAGAAUUCAGUCAUACACUAAUCCAUAGAAAGAGACCACCAGCAGCAAGACCUGUAACUAACCUAGCCCAAGGUCCAAUAAUGCAGAAAAAGAGAUUCCAGGGAAAUCAUCCACCAAAAUCUAAGAUUCUUAUGCCUCCUAAGAGACAGGAGUUGCUACCUCGAAAAGAACGGAUACCUCUUAGAGCUCAGAAGCCAAUACUGAAAAAGGUGGUAGGAAGACCAGAUGUUGCUCCAGGUUGCAGACUUUAUGGCCAUUUUUAUGCUCAACUGGACAUCUUACAGAAGAGAGCUUAUGACCCAAGGUAUCAGUAUGUUUCUGAAAUCAACAGAAGAGUUGAUAGAUAUUAUAGACAGAAAGAAGGCUAUGCUUCUCCUCCAGCUCAAUGGCCUGCUGAGUACCUUCAGAGAAGACUGGAAGCUCAACAGUAUAAGCUGAAAGUAGAAAAACAAUUGGGUCUUCGUCCAUCUUCGGCUGAGCCAAAUAACCAAUUUCAAGUGCAGGAAAGAAAAGGAGAACAUCCCAAAUUCCAGGAUCUACGGUCUAAGAAGAAUGAAAUUAAGCAAGAGGAAUAUCGAAAACAGUUGGAGGAAAUACGACAGCAGUACCACAAUGACAUGAAAGCUAUUAGAAGGAAGGUUGGAAGAGGACUUGAGGAGGAUUCAAAUAUAAAUCACAAGACUUAUUUUGUGAAGCAUAAAAAGACAUAUACUCACCAGGAUGAACCUGAGGGAACAGGAGAACCAGCACAGGACAUUGAAAGAAAAUUGGAACAAAUUAGGCUACAGAGCAAACAGGAAAGAAAAAUGCUAGAACAGAAAUAUAAGGUUAAGGGAGGAGUGAAGUUUGAAAUAAAUCUAAAUGAAUGUAUUACUGAUGAAAACACCAGGCAAGGGGAGGAGGAAAGAGAUGCACUGAAUGAAACUUUGACUUUUGAGGAUGGUAUGAAGCUUAAGGAAAAGCAGCUUAUAAAUGAAUAUGAAGAUGAUACAAACCAAGCUUUUCAAAAAAUAUGUUGUCCAGAAGCAGCUGCUGACAAGCAGGACAUCACUACUGGAGAAAAGAGGAAGCACUGGAUUGCUCGAGCUCCUCAGACGCUGCUGCGUAUGAUAGAGGAAGCCGAAAUCACAUCAGCUUGCUCUGCCACCGCUGGAGAUGGCCAGGUUAUUAUAACUGAAGACGCUUCAGAAAAUAGGAAACAGUGGAAACAGGAAUCACCAGGGACCCUAAUGAAUAUGUUAGCAGCAGCAGAACUGGCCAACGACUCCUUUUCUGCAAAUGAACAAGAAUUUGAAACUUUGAAGAAUCCGAAGAUGAGUUGAGAAAUGAGGUAAUGGAAUCUCUAGAAAAACUUGCAAUUUCCAAAGGGGAAGAAGAGGAAGAAGAGAUACCAGAUCAUCAUAAGGAUGAAGAAAAGUCGGAGGGAGACUGUGUGAGUGACCAGACAUCAGGGACACCAAAUCAACAUUUAGAGGUUGAGACCCUUGUUCCAUGUAAUGCCAAGAUUUGUGUUGUAGAUAAAGGGCAGGCAGGAACAAUUAACCCAAGUGUAUAAGUGGAUUACAGUAUCAUUUCUGAAAUAAUAUUCUGCUAUCUGAUUUGAAAUGCAUGUCACAGACAUUAUUUUUGCUUCAUUAGCUCUCUAAUGAAAAGGGAGUGUGGG